AAAUUUCACUAUUUAUAAUUCUUUAUCCUAAUAUGUAUUGCUAAAAUUACAUAUACAAUCGGUAUUCUGACGUAUUAAAAUAACACAUGUUUGCAGCUUGCAGUUUUGACGAUUCAAUCCAUAUUAAUAACGAAAGAUUAUUUAAAUUAUAUUUAACUGACAUUGUUUAAGAUCGCAGGAACAAUAAACAAAAUAAUAUUUCAAAAUCUGCUCUUUUAAACGAUAAAUUUUGGAUCUGUUCAACGAACUAAAAGAGCAACUAUCAAGUUGCCCCGAGAAAACUCGUGCGCUGUGCCGCACUGUCCAGUCGACAGUGUGGGGAGCCGUUGUAUCCUCAUUAAACGUAGCGCUUGGCGGUGGUGGGGGUGGUGCAGUAACAUCAUCGGCGGAUAGCAGUGGUGGCUCCGGCGUAUCCGGACCAGGACCAGGUGGCGGUGUGGGCGUUGGCCGCUUAGCAUCCAUUAUGGGCGCAGUUAGUUCACGCCAUAUCUCUACCAGUGAUACGUUGGUAGAGGAAGGCGGUGGAAGUAAUAAUCAUGAUCAUGGCAAUGGAAAUUGUUCAAUUUCACACAAAAAUGGCAUAACCACAGCUACUGGUGGUUUUCUGCAAAAACAAGAUUUGCAUUAUGAUAUCGGUUCGAGUUCUCAGUAUCAUCAUGUACGUCAACCAAGCGUUCGCAGUCGAAGUCAGCAACCCAUGCCAACCACAGAUGAAUUGGAUAGGCGUUUCGCAAAAGUUUUGGCUUCAAUGGACCUACCUCCGGACAAAGCGAAGUUGCUCAAGAAUUAUGAUGAUGAAAAGAAAUGGGAUAUAAUAUGUGAUCAGGAUAUGGUGCAAGCGAAGGAUCCGCCCUCUCAUUAUUUGAAUAAAUUGCGUACAUAUCUGGACCCAAAGGCAUCUCGCAGUCAUCGGAAACGCAAAAUGGUCGGUGAAUCCACAUCGACGCAGGUGCUGCGUGAUCUUGAGAUCUCGCUGCGCACCAACCACAUUGAGUGGGUAAAGGAGUUUCUUGAUGACACGAAUCAGGGUCUCGACGCACUCGUUGAUUACCUAAGUUUUCGACUGCAGAUGAUGCGACAUGAACAGCGUGUCGAAGAAGCACUCUCCGAUUCCGAUGAGCGUCUAAACAUGACGAGUAGUCAGACGGUGGGAGGUGGCGGCACCGGUUCGGGUUCAGCGGAUGGUCUUUGCAGCACAUCGGUGGGAGUUAGUUCACCACUGAGUGGUAGCAUCAACAUGGAUGGUAUGCGACAUCACCAACAUUCACACGUGGGUCACUCGGGCGGCAGUCUUAAUGGUUUUUUGCGUCCCUCGCUGGCCGAGGUGCUUGACAGUCCCAGCAUUAGAAGACGCUCCAGGCAUAUAGCGAAAUUGAAUAUGGGCGCAUCUACAGAUGAUAUACAUGUGUGUAUAAUGUGCUUGCGCGCCAUAAUGAACAACAAAUACGGAUUUAACAUGGUAAUACAACAUCGUGAGGCCAUUAAUUGCAUUGCGUUGAGUUUGAUACACAAGUCGCUGCGUACCAAAGCGCUAGUGCUGGAGCUUUUAGCUGCCAUUUGUCUGGUGAAGGGUGGCCACGAGAUCAUUUUGUCCUCGUUCGACAACUUUAAGGACGUGUGUCAGGAGAAGCGACGCUUUCAAACACUCAUGGAAUACUUCAUGAAUUUUGAAGCCUUCAACAUUGACUUUAUGGUUGCGUGCAUGCAGUUCAUGAACAUUGUGGUUCACUCUGUGGAAGAUAUGAAUUAUCGCGUCCAUCUGCAAUACGAAUUCACAGCUCUUGGUCUUGACAAAUAUCUGGAAAAACUACGUAUGACUGAAUCAGAAGAGCUAAAGGUGCAAAUUUCUGCAUAUUUGGACAACGUAUUCGACGUGGCGGGACUAAUGGAGGAUUCUGAAACGAAGACUGCAGCGUUAGAACGUGUGCAGGAGCUUGAAGAUCAGUUGGAACGAGAAGUAGAUCGGAACUCAGAAUUCAUGUAUAAAUUGGCUGAGCUCGAGACAGAAGUUGCUGUAUUGAAAGCAGAACGAGAGGAUUUAAUGACGACAAAACUGAAAUUUGACGAAGAGGUCACAACGUUGCGUCGCAUACUCAAACAAAAUGAACAAGAACUGAAGAAACGUGAAUCUCUACUUCAAAGCAAAAACCUCGAAUUACAAACGUUGACUCGUUCAUUACCACGGUCUGGUUCAAAUAGUGAAACAUCCCUACAAAAUGGUGGGGCGUCGCCAGAUAAAUGCAUGUCACCUCCACUGCCACCUCCGCCACCACCACUGCCGUCUGCCAUGUCACCUGCCAGUUCGGCGCCUCCACCGCCACCUCCGCCCGCACCACCUGCUCCGCCACCACCGCCCCUAACGCACGGCGGUUCCAUGAGUAAUGGCGGUACAUUAUCACCUACAAUGUCGACAAACGGCGGCUCGAUAGGAUCACGUUCACCGCCAUAUGGCUCUGGUCCAAAUGGUGGACCUAUGAUAUGUGCGUUCCAACCGCCACCUCCACCUGUGGCCGGUUUCAUGCCCGCUCCAGACGGUGCCAUGACAAUCAAACGAAAAGUGCCGACCAAAUACAAACUGCCCACGCUUAACUGGAUAGCUUUAAAGCCAAACCAGGUUCGAGGAACAAUUUUCAACGAGUUGGAUGACGAAAAGAUCUUUAAACACAUUGAUUUCAACGAGUUCGAGGAGCGCUUCAAAAUUGGCAUUGGCGGCUCAUUGACAAAUGGUAGUAACACUGAAGUGGAUGGUCUACACUCGUAUCCCAGUAGGCGCUUCAAGAAACCAGACAAUGUGUCUUUAUUGGAACACACGAGAUUACGAAACAUUGCAAUAUCUCGACGCAAAUUGGAUAUGCCCAUCGAUGAGGUAAUCGCUGCCAUACAUAGUUUAGAUUUGAAGAAACUGUCUCUUGAAAAUGUGGAACUGCUUCAAAAGAUGGUGCCCACAGAUGUUGAGGUCAAAUCUUACAAAGAAUAUAUAGCCGAACGUAAAGAUCAAAACCUACUCACCGAAGAAGACAAAUUCAUGUUGCAGUUAUCGCGGGUUGAACGCAUAUCAUCAAAGCUUUCAAUAAUGAAUUACAUGGGGAACUUCUUUGAUUGCCUUCAUCUAAUCAGUCCACAAAUACAAGCUAUAACAACAGCUUCGAACUCGCUUAAGAAAUCGGUGAAAUUCAAAGCUGUGCUGGAAAUAGUUCUCGCAUUUGGCAAUUAUCUCAACAGCAGUAAACGAGGUCCGGCUUAUGGAUUUAAAUUGCAGUCGCUUGAUACCCUAAUCGAUACAAAGUCAACCGACAAACGCUCAUCGCUAUUGCACUAUAUUGUGGCUACCAUCAGGCAAAAGUUUCCAGAUCUGCUUAAUUUCGACACAGAGUUGUAUUGCACUGAUAAAGCGUCUCAAGUGUCGCUAGAAAAUAUAGUGACAGACGUGCAUGACCUAGAAAAGGGCAUGGAACUGGUAAAGAAGGAAGCAGAACAGCGUGUAAAAGGUACACAAACGCAUAUUUUACGCGAUUUUCUCAAUAAUUCUGAGGAUAAAUUAAAGAAGAUUAAAAUGGAUUUAAAGAAUGCUCAAGAUGCAUUCAAAGAAUGUGUUGAGUAUUUCGGUGAAUCGUCUCGUAACGCUGAUGCAGCUGCUUUCUUUGCGCUAAUUGUGCGUUUCACUCGAGCUUUCAAAAUUCACGAUCAAGAAAACGAGCAACGCCGCCGCUUGGAGCAAGCGGCAGCCCAGGCCGCCAACAAAAAGGAAAGCGACCAAGUGUUAAUGCGCAACAAAAUGAACCAGAAGAAACAACAGAUGUCCGGUUGUGGCUACUCCUUACAGGACGCUGUCAUUAACGAGCUGAAGAGCAAAGCGAAUUCGGUUCGGGAGAAAAAAUUACUGCAGCAGGAUGAGGUUUAUAACGGUGCUCUAGAGGACAUACUGCUCGGGCUGAAGAGCGAACCCUACCGGCGGGCCGAUGCAGUGCGACGCAGUCAACGCAGGCGCAUCGAUAACAAUCGUUUAUCACGUACACUCGAAGAAUUAGAUGUCUAAAGCGAAAGACGAAAAAUUUUACGAAAACUAGAAAAAUAAUAUACAAAAAUUAUAAGAUAAUGUACGCCAAGUACCAUUAUAUACAUUUAAUGUUUUAUAAGCAAGAAAUUAUAUUGCAUUUUCUACAAUAGCAUAAAAUGCCAAGAAAACACUAGAAUUUUGUAUACAUUUUUCAUACUUCAUAUACAAACGUAGGCAUAGAAUCGCCAUACUCGAAUACAUAAGUAAUUUACAUAUAUAUAAUACUUAGAUUAUGUCUGAUUUGGCACAAUUUAGAACUACAUUUGUAUAAUUAUAAUCACAUAUACAAUAUAUAUUAUUAUAUUCCCAAAAAAUAGUAAUACUUGCAAAUUUAAAAACGUUACUCAUUUCUUCUCAAGUACAUUCCUUUCUUUGUUAUCAAAAUUUGUAAUACAAAAAAGCAGGCGUUGGCUUGUGGAGUGUUAAGUAGUAUUUGCACCAUUGAAUCAUUGUAUGAAAUGUUCGAAUAAAAGAAAUUUAACAGUCAGCAUUAUAUAAAUAUAUGAAUGAGCAUUUAAAAGAAUUUUUAAGAAUCUCUAACUGCUGCAUGUAUGCAUAUCCACAUAUAUACAUAUGUAUAUAUAUAAAUGUGUUUAUAAAAUUUCGUUCUGAAAAAUGUAUAUCUUUAUUUGAUAUUGUACACACACAAAUUGUCUUUAUUUGUAUUUUUUUUAAUAUUUGUAUAUAUUUUCGUAUAUAUUUUAUUGUUAACUAAUUUUCUAUGAUCUGUAAAUAUAUCGCAAAAAUUUAAUACAUUCGAGCGGAUUGAAAUUGUUGAUUGUAAAAGGUUAAGCUUAAUAUUUAGUGAUGUGGAUGAUUUUUAAUGUAUAGUACGUACGUCUAAAACAUAAUAAAUACUAGUGGGAAGUAUUUCACCACCAAUUCGUGCAAAUAAUAAACGUUAAUUGCAAAGCGCACAUAUAAAUUCCAACGAUUUUUCGUUUUAAAAGCCGAUAAAUAUGUUUAGCUAAUUGCAAAUUUUAAAUGAUUAACGCUUGAAUCAGCGAAAUAUAUUCAGACAUUUA